GUGACAGCCGGGGCGACAGCCGGGGCGACAGACUGACAGCGGCUGAACGUGGCAGACAGACAACAGGUCUCGAAUUCACCGACCCGUCUGUAUUGAGCAAGAUGGCUGAUGCUGAGCUGGUGAAGAAGAUGCUUCGAGCCAUCCUCCAGGCCAACAAGGGUGGAGUGUCAUUGUCCCGCCUGCAGACAGAGUACAAGGAACUGACAGGGGAGCAGAUACCAAACAAACAGAUGGGACACAACCAACUGGAUGCACUGCUGGCCAGCAUGCCCUCAGUUGUCCGCAUGGAGCGCAACCGCUCUGGAGAGACGGUUUAUUUUGCUUCAGUGGCCAAUGAGGCAGCUCAUGUAGCCAAGGUGGUGGCCCGUCAGCGCAGCUCCAAGAAGACGGGCCGACCCCAUCUUGUCAACACCCAAAUGAGGGUCAAACCGGCUGCACCACUCGUCCUCAAUGCCAAACCUCAAACCUCUCUAAGGCAGCCCGACCACCGUGGGCGAGGUGGAGGGAGAGGAGGGGGUGGCGGAAGGGGAGCAGGCCAUGGAGACUUCAGACAGACGAGGGACGUGAGGGACGGCCAAUCAGAAGGCAAGGCUGGGACCCAUCCAAACAAGGCAUCCAAUCAGAACACAUCCACUAAGAAAUCGCACACGCCCACAGAGAAGUCAGACAAGAGAAUGACCCUCCCAUCACGGUUUCAGAAAGAGGUGCAUGCUCACCUUUCCAGGAACUCCCAACAGUCCAGCUCUCCAUCAAACUUGAACGAGAGCCUGGGCUCGGGGAAGGGGAAACCCUACAACCCUCAGCAGGUUCAGGGCCGCAUCAAGGAGAUCCUUGCCAAGUACAGUAACGGGUUCUGGGUGUCCAAGCUGCCUCAGAUCUACAGAGAGCUGUACAAACAUGACCUACCUACAGAGGCCAUCAAAGACCUGGAGACCUGGACGCAUAUAUGCACCGUGGAGAAACCCUGCAGCAGCAACCCCUCCGAGCUGCUUCUCUACCCCACCAAGACGGAGACGCACCCACCCUCCCCUUCCCCGCUGCCUAACCCCGUCCCCACUCCCAACAGCACACCCGCAGACAAACCCUCGCGAUCCCCGGCUACACAGAGACCGCCCACCUCCCAUCACCGUCCCCACCCUCGCUCUCCGCCAUCCUCUUCCUCCACCUCCUCCCCCAGCCCCCCCUCAUCCCCCACGGUGCUCUCCCCAGACCUGAGGCAGAAACUGGAGGAGCUGCUGGUGAAGUACUCUAACGGACUGUGGGCCCACGCACUACCCAAGCUCUUCCAGGACACCUAUAAAAGCAAACUGCCUGCACAUGUCCUGGAGAACCUCCAGCUCCUCUCUGACUUCUGCACCAUCGACUACCCCAUGCCUGACAACCCCAAGAGGGCCAUCUUGUACAGGAGGAGCAGCAGCGGAGACGGGGGGAGAGAGGAUGAGAACUGCAACCGGAGGGACUCCUCAGCAAGCGAGGAGGAGCUGAGGGUGAGGCAGGAGGUGGGCAGGAGGCUCAGUAACCAGGCGGUGCCCCCCCUGCAGAUCCCCAGGGAGGAGUACCCCUCUGUGCUGGUGGUGGAGGCCACCAAUACCAAUGGAGUUAUACUCAGGUACAUUGGUGAAGGUUACUCACAGGCCCAGGAGUCGAUGGAGGAUGAGAUGAGGGAGUUUUAUGGGACGGACCGCAGCAGUCCCACCCCGCUGCCCUCUCCUACCUCAGGCCAGCUCGCCGCUGUCAGGGCUGAGGAAGAGGAGGAGAUCCUUAGGGCACAGGUCUGCGAAGUCAUGACCGACAAAGUUAAGGUGUACUAUGUGGAUCAUGGCUUCUCAGAGGUGAUCAGCAAAGCCAAAGUGUUCGAGCUCAAUGAGAAGUUUUUUAAGCUGCCAUUCCAAGCGACCAAGUGUAAACUUGCUGGCCUGGAGCCUUUCUGUCAGGAGUCUGCUGUUCUCAAGAAGUUUGAGGCCAUGGCCAGUGGAAGGAUCCUGUUGGCUGAAAUCCUGGAGAGAGGGCCAACCCCACUUGUUGUGCUGUAUGACACAUCACAAGAUGAUGAUGUCAACAUCAAUGCUGCCUGCAUGAAAGUCCUGCAGGACAAGACGCUAGCCAGCCCUUUACAGGUGAACAGUGCCUAUAUGAAUGUGGCUGUCAGCAGUGUUUGUUCUGAUGGGACCAUAUACUGCCAGUUGCCCUCCAGAGGCCUUGCUAAGCUUAAUGAGAUCCUGGAAAAGACAGAAGCCUACUUUCACACACAGGUAACAUCUGAGUUUCUGGUCUCCAGACCCUUCUGUGGAAAGAUUUGUCUGGCUCGCUACAAGGGCAAAUGGUCCCGUGUUGAGAUCACCAACCUGCAUGGCAGCAGAGUCCUAGACAUCCUGUUUAUUGACCUGGGUGUCCAGGCUUCUGUGGAGGUGUUUGAGCUACGGGAGAUACCGCCGCAGUUCCUCCGAGAUCUCAUCACCACCCCACCCCAGGCUGUGAAGUGCUGUCUAGCAGACUUGGCCAUCAGUUUGGGAUCCUGGACACCUGAGGCUGUCCAGUGGCUGCGAGAGAGAGUUCUCAACUCAACUGACUGUAGCAUGAAGGUUGCCAAGUUGGAUGAGGCCAAGCACUGCAUCUAUGUCCACCUCUUCACCGACAAGAACUUCCACGACCCGGCACGCAGCCUUAACCAUCAGAUGGCCCAGUCGGACCUCUUCAAGCAGCAACCGGACGUCUUUCUGACCAGCCACAGUCCCACCAAGAUCUCCACAGCCACCUUGUCCUCCAAAACACCAACCGGUGACACCACCAAUGGGAGUCCAACCUCAAACUCUAUUCCAGCCAAGCCACAUCUCAGGAGGGCUCUGUCAGGGUCUGGAUCCAGAGGAGGAGGAGGAGGAGGAGGUGGAGGAGUAGGAGAGAAAUCCAUCAAUGCUACUACCCCACCAGGAACACCCCCACCCCCCUCAUCCUCUCUCCAGCUGCCCUCUUUACUCGAGCUCCCUCCAGUAGGUAACAACCUGGACAUAUAUGUGUCUGUGGCCUGCCAUCCUGGCCACUUUGUCCUGCAGCCCUGGAGAGACAUGUACAAACUGGUUGUCCUGAUGGGAGAGAUGAUUCUCUAUUACAACAAGACAGAGGAAAAACCGCUCAACAUUGAGAAGAAUCAAAUCUACGCUGCCAAGGUGGAGAACAACUGGCACCGUGUGUUGGUGAAAGGAGUUCUGACCAAUGGGCUGGUGUCUGUCUAUGAGCUGGACUAUGGAAAGCAUGAGCUAGUCAGCUGUACCCAACUCAGACCUCUGAUCAAGGAGUUCAGACAGCUGCCGUUCCAAGGAAUCACCGCUCAGCUAGCUGGAGUGAAACCAAGGCAGUGGUCAGAGGAGGCAUCCAUUGUCUUCCGUAACCAUGUGGAGAAGAAACCUCUCGUGGCCCAGCUGGAGGCCGUGCAGGAAGCGACUAACCCCUGGGACAGGAAGCUGACAGUGUUUCUGGUCGACACUUCACAGGAGGAGAGAGACAUCUGGGUGCAUGACAUCAUGGCUGAAUUUGCUGACGAACUGACAAACGAGUUGUAGACAGAAGGACGACAACAGCAACGAGUGAAACUAUCCAAGUAAUUGACCUGUUCGCCGCACGGAUACCAUGAGUUAAAAGUGAGCUAAACUAGACGACGAGUCUUACUCACCUACCUAUCAACCACUCUGAGGACAGAAUGGAAGAAACGACAGAAUGGAGGAAAGGAAAGAAAUGUUAAAAGAGGAAAUGAGAAGUCUGAAAAAAGAAACGGUUGAAAACCGUUUGAAAACUGGCAAUGAAAGAUGAGGAGUAGAAGUCUAGCUGUUUGCUAGUUGUUUUAUGAUAUGUUCAAAAAGGACAUUGAGAUGUGAGUUUGAGUGACUACUAUGUGAUAGAUGGACAUCAUGCAUGCAUGUUAAGAUGCUUUGGUCAAAGCCCAAUUUUGUGCUGAUGAUGCCACAAGCUUGCAACACAAAAAAACACACUUAUAACAAGCUGUUGAAUCUAUCCAUAAGGGUUUCACAGAGCUGUGGAAACAGUGCAACAUGCAUAACUAUGCCAUGUAAUGGCAGCUUUUAUCCAAAGCAACACUUAAGAGAACCAUGACUCCAAACAUUCUUAGGGCAAGCAGUGCCUGGCAAAACUGACCAUGUAAAGUAAGUGUCAUGACAUGCCUACUGAGGACCGUAAUACAUAAUUAUGAUGCAUUCUAAGCAACAAGGCACAAAUAAUGUUUAAUGAUACCAGUUGUUAGAUUGUUAGAGUCUAGGUUUACAGAAACCCAAUUAUAGGAAGGUGGUAGGAAGCCUUCAGACAGUCACAAGGUUUACAAGUUAAGUCUACACAUUCCCCUAUGUGGAGAAGGAUAGGAGGAGUCAAUGAUGUCGUGAGAAUCAGGAACUGUGAUAACCAGUGGGCAGUUUCAGAUAGCAGGAUGUGAAUGGACAGGGAAACAUGCUCACGUCUGUCUUCCCUUAAAUACCCAAAUGCGGACAAGAUUGCCUAUGUUUUGUCUGAUCAAGAAUAGAAGUGUCAAAGAUGUAGGAACAUAGCUUUGUUUUUGGGAUAGGCCUCUACCAACUGGGAGCAUUACUUGGGUACUAUAGGCCAGAAGUUUAUUUAAGCUAGUGAAAAGUAUCUUUAUCUUUUGGAGAUGCUCCUGAUUUACACAUGGCCGGUUACGGACAAAGUUAAGUAAAAUGGACAAAGAUUAAAGUUGAUAUGGUCUCAGAGAGCAAGGAUGUCGCUGAUGUCAGUUACGAUCCAUCUUUAACGAAGUGAAACUGGUUAUCAGUUGGUGGGUUUUUUUUGUACCUCCUGCUUCUUGAACAUUUGUGGAAGUUCCCUGUUCUUGCAGGGACCUCUUUACAUUGAUAGGAAGAGUAAAGCAAGGUGUUCCGCGUUGCUUUUCCCUCUCAAAAACACUGAUGCCACUUUGGCGGCCAUUCUAUUUUUCUCCCCCAAAUCAUGUGACUUUUUGCUUUCUUAAGGAGUGCAGUAUCUAUUAUUUAUUUUAUUUUAUUUUUUUCUGACAGCACCAUCAUUCCAACAGAUUACCAGCGCUGCAUGAUAGGUUGGAGAUUUUGGUGAAUUGUGUGCACAUAUAGUUUAUUAUUAUUAUUAUUGUCAUUGGAUUAUUUAGUUUAAAGUGCCCAUAGUGUUAAUAAGCUUAUGGUGUUUACAGAGUAGGAGAUGACUCUACAUGCUGCUUGUGGUUGGCAUCACUAACAAAUGUCGGCUCUGCCAAGUGUUGUCAAGCAGGUGCAUGACUUGGAUUUGUCUUCUGAAAUGUGACCCCCCCCCGCCCCCCGACGCAUCUAUAUAAUGGUACGUGACAAAGCUCCGAGCUACAUUGCCAUUAGUGAGUGACCUGAAGUUAACUUAAAUUGCUCACCCCUAAAUCUUCUCUGCAUUAAAAGAUAUCACUCCAGCGUUUCCAUUCUGUUAAACGGUUAAGAGAGAAAAAAAAAGAGU